AUGGAUGGAUUGGAUUCCAAAGCUACAAUACUUUUAAUGGGAUUGAGGAGAGGGGGGAAGUCAUCUAUCUGUAAAGUUGUUUUCCAUAAUAUGCAACCAUUGGACACUUUCUAUUUGGAAUCUACUACAAACCCAACUUCUGAGCAUUUUUCUACAUUGAUUGAUUUGGGUGUUAUGGAGUUGCCAGGCCAAUUGAAUUAUUUUGAGCCUAGCUAUGAAUCAGAGAACCUGUUUAAGAGCGUCGGGGCGUUAGUAUAUGUUAUUGAUUCCCAAGAUGAAUAUCUAAGUGCGCUAACAAAUUUGGCGAUGAUUAUUGAAUAUGCGUAUAAGGUAAAUCCCAGAAUAAAUUUUGAAGUGCUUAUUCAUAAGGUUGAUAGUUUGAGUGAGGAUUUCAAAUUAGACACUCAACGUGAUAUAAUGCAAAGAACUGGAGAUGAACUGCUGGAUCUGGGUUUAGAAGGUGUUCAAGUCUCUUUCUAUUUAACCAGUAUUUUUGACCAUUCCAUUUAUGAAGCCUUUUCUAGGAUUGUGCAAAAGUUGGUUCCAGAAUUGCCAUUCUUGGAAAACAUGUUGGAUAAUUUGGUGCAACAUUCUAAGAUUGAAAAGUGCUUUUUGUUUGAUAUAAACUCUAAGAUUUAUGUUGCUACGGAUUCAUCGCCUGUCGAUAUUCAAACCUAUGAAGUAUGUGCAGAAUUCGUUGAUGUCACCAUUGAUUUGCAGGAUUUAUACAAAAACAACGAAGAAAGAGAAAUGAAGAGCGUUUCGACUUUGGUGAAUGGUGUGGUGAUAUAUUUAAGACAAAUGAUUCGUGGACUAGCCCUUGUCGCUUUGAUUAGACCCACAGACUCUUCUACAGCAACUGUGGACUAUGAUACUUCCAUAGAAUCUUGUCUUACCGUCAUGGACUACAACAUAGAUAUCUUUAAAAAAGGCUUAGAAAACGUUUGGAAGCAUGCUAAGGUAUUGCCAGAAGAAAACGAACGUUCGGUACAACAAGAUCAAUUUCAAACUGCUUUUUAG